GAACUUCCUUUUCCGCUGUGCCCAGAUGCGAUGAGGACCUAGGUUUCCACGGACCGCUGAAAAAUCCGAACCCAUCCUUGUCAAAGGCAGCACCGAACCUCGCCCAAAUGACCGAGCAGAUGACAGUGAGGGGGACCCUGAAGGGGCACAGUGGAUGGGUCACCCAGAUCGCCACCACGCCCCAGUAUCCGACAUGAUUCUGUCGGCGUCCCGAGACAAGACUAUCAUCAGCUGACCCGUGAUGAAACAAACUGUGGCAUCCCCCAGCGCUGCCUGAAGGGCCGCUCACUUCGUGGCCUAAGGCCAGUUUGCUGUUCAUCAGUGAUAAAAACAUCUGUAAAGCAUCUGUUCAACAGACGGCCAGGCCAUGCUGUGGGAUCUGAAUGAGGGCAAGCACCUCUACACCCUGGACAGUGGUGACACCAUCAAUGCCCUCUGCUUCAGCCCCAACCGUUACUGGGAUCUGGAGGGCAAGAUCAUUGUGGAUGAGCUGAGACAGGAAGAGAUCAGCACAAUCAGCAAGGCUGAACCCCCACAGUGUACUUCUCUGGCAUGGUCUGCUGAUGGACAGACCCUGUUUGCUGGCUGCAAUGACAACCUGAUCAGUGUGACAGGUCACCAUUGGAACUUGAUAAAAACAAAGUUGGAGAAAAUUUGAAUAAAAGACAGUUUGGAAAAAAUGUGCGUUUUUUAUUUUAU